UAGAGGAACCAACAUGGCGAACGUCAACUGAUCAUAUUUUGUCCACGGUCGUCCUGAAGAGCUUGAAUUUUCCGUUACCAACCGAUCGGGCAGACUGGGAAACAGUGAAAAUGUGCAACGUGACGUGAAUGUAGUGCUAGGGGUGUGUUUCCUUAAUUUAUUUGUGUUUUCCGUUGUAUUUCGGACAAUGGCGGUUGUGUGUGUUUUCGUCUAGUGUGCGAUCCCUGUUUCGUACGUUAAAUAUGAAUACUGGUCUGACGGGGGACAACAUCUACGAUUUCAGCUCCGAAGAAAACUCGGCGAAAUGGAAGGGACUGCUGACCGCCGCUCUGAAAAAGGUGCUAGAACAAGUGCACCCUUCCUUAGGAGCGAGGGACGAAGCACUAGAAUACGUAGAAAGCUUGUGUCUGCGCCUUUUGGCAAUGUUAUGUGCCAAACCCAGUCCCCACACCGUUCAGGAUGUCGAGUACAGGGUUCAGAGUACAUUCCCCACCCCGAUAGAUAAAUGGGCCCUGAAGGAGGCCCAAGAGGCCUUAGAAAGGGGCAAAAAGAAGUCGGUAUUGCAGCUGCCGGUAGAUAAGAUUCACAAUUUACUGCAAAAGGAGCUUCUGCUAUACAAAGUGGACUCGACGGUGUCACUGUUCCUAGUGGCUGUCCUCGAGUACAUAUCCGCUGAUAUUUUGAAACUGGUCGGAAACUAUGCGAAGAAUAUCAAGCACGUCGAAAUCACCUACCAGGACGUGCAGAUAUCGAUGAAGGUCGACAAGGCCUUGAUGGACAUGUUCUACCAGGACGAGGGAGGAGGGGCGGGUAGCUUGAACGAACCGCCUGUCAUGCUGGCCGCCGCGCCCCGGACGAGCCUGACAUACGAGGAAAUCGUGCGGGAGCUGAUCGCUUCGGAGAAGGCGUACUUGAAGGAACUUCACAUGCUCAUCAAGGUGUUCAGGGAGGAAAUAAACAAGCUGAAACCUGGUCCACAGGACACGGAGAGGAUAUUUUCCAACAUAAUGGACAUUUACGAGCUGACGUACACCCUUUCCGGGAGCCUGGAGGACGUCAUCGAGAUGGCCCAGGACCAGAUGCCGUACAUCGGCAGCUGUUUCGAAGAGCUCGCGGAGGCGGCCGAAUUCGACGUGUACAUAAAAUACGCCAGGGACGUGACGGCCCCGACCUGCCGAGAGACCCUAAACGGUCUCCUGUCGCGUCCCGAGGUCCAGAGUGCCCUGACGACGGCGGGCCAGGGGAUGCCCCUGGCGCUGAAGUAUUACCUGCCGGCCCUCCUCAUGGGCCCCAUCUGGCACUGCUUCUCCUACUUGGACUACAUCAAGCUGCUCAGGGGCCUGUCGCCUUCGUCGGAGGACAGGGAGACGCUGUCCCAGGUCGAGGGGCUGCUGAAACCGCUGCAGAUAGCGCUGGGUAACUGCGUUCCGGCGCAGGCGUUGCAGAGGAGCGCCGCGCCUCUGCCGCAGGUGAGGGCGAGGCGACAAGCCGCUCUCAUCAAGAUCCACGAGUUGGAGAAGAUCGUGGAGAACUGGGACUCGAAGGAUUUGGGGCAGUGCUGCAACGAGUUCGUACGAGAGGAUGUUUUGGUGAAGGUGAGCCCCAACAAAAGACUGACGGACAGGCGCGUCUUCCUCUUCGACGGGUUAAUGAUCCUGUGCAAGUCAAACUCGAGGCGGCAGAGUUCCGCCCACCAAAACCCGGAGUACAGGCUAAAGGAGCGUUUCUUCAUCAGAAAGGUGGAGAUCAUCGACCACCAAGACACCGAAGACCUAAGAAACGCAUUCGAGAUCUCCCCGAGGCAGAUGCAGCCCUCCGUAAUACUCUGUGCCAAAACACCGGAAGAGAAGAACUCCUGGAUGGCGGAUUUGGUCAUGUUGAACAAUCGAUCGAUGCUGGAGCGGGUGCUCGACAGCAUCCUGUCGGACAUAGAACGUAAGCACCCGUUGAAGCUCCCGCCCCCCGAGCUUUACAAAUUCGCCGAACCGGACUCGAAGGACAACAUAAUCCUGGAACAGAGGGAGAAUGGAGGCGUGCCGCUGAUCAAAGGUGCAACUCUUUACAAACUAGUGGAAAGACUGACCUAUCACAUCUACGCCGAUCCCAAGUUCGUCCGCACCUUCCUCACCACCUACCGCAGCUUCUGCUCCCCCACGGAGCUGCUCAAUCUGCUGAUAGAACGGUUCCAGAUCCCCGACCCGUCGCUGGUCUACGAACAGGACUGCUGCGACACUGACAAGAUGCAGAAGAACAACCAACGGGAGGACUGGAAGAAGUACAGGAAGGAGUACUGCCAACCGGUGCAGUUCAGGGUGUUGAACGUCUUGAGGCACUGGGUGGACCACCACUUCUACGAUUUCGAGAGGGAUCCCCGUCUGCUGGGGAAGUUGCAGUCGUUCUUGGACUCGGUGCACGGGAAGAGCAUGAGGAAGUGGGUGGACAGCGUCAUCAAGAUAGUGCAGAGAAAGAUGGAGAACGAUAACCAGAGGCAUAUAAAGUUUGCGUUCGACGACCCGCCGCCCCCCAUCGAGAAGCACAUCAACUGUACGGAAGAGGAGUACGGGAUACUGACGUUGCAUCCCGUGGAGAUCGCCAGGCAACUGACGAUACUCGAGUUCGACCUCUACAGGAUGAUAAAACCGUCGGAGCUGGUGGGGUCGGUGUGGACGAAGAAGGACAAGGAGAUCAGCAGCCCCAACCUGUUGAAGAUGAUCAAGCACACGACAAACUUCACCAGGUGGCUAGAGAAAAACAUCGUGGAGGCCGAGAACUUCGAGGAACGCGUUGCGAUAGUGAACAGGAUAAUAGAAAUAAUGAUAGCCCUGAAUGAAAUUAAUAACUUCAACGGCGUCCUGGCCAUCGUGUCGGCGACCGGAUCCGCCUCGGUACACCGGCUGCGGUUCACGUUCGCGAGUUUGGCGCAGCAGAACCGGAAGGCGUUGGAGGAGUGCCGGGCUGACGACCACUUCAAGAAGUAUCAGGAGAAGCUGCGGUCGAUAAACCCGCCCUGCGUCCCCUUCCUCGGGAUGUACCUCACCAACAUUUUGCACAUCGAGGAGGGCAACCCAGAUUUCCUGCCCAACACGAAGCUGAUCAAUUUCUUCAAGCGGAGGAAGGUGGCCGAGAUAACGGGAGAAAUACAGCAAUAUCAGAACCAGCCUUAUUGUUUUAGCGUAGAACACAGCAUUAGGCACUUCCUAGAGACGCUGAACCCGUUCGGCGACAUGAACGACACGGAAAUCAGCAACUACCUGUACCAGAAAUCCAUGGAGAUCGAGCCGAGAAGCAGCCGGCUCGUCCCGAAAUUCCCCAGGAAGUGGCCCCACCUGAACCUGAAGAGUCCCGGCAUCAAAACCGUGAAGACAGGCAAGAGCAUCCCCAGCGCCGUCGCCAACACCAUUAACCAGACGUUGAAUUCCACCCUGAAAAGCGACGAUUCGAAGAGCGAGGACUCCUCCAAGUCGGACAACGAUUUUAGCGUUUUCGCACCCGUGCAGCUGGGGACGGGCCACAACAGCCCGACGUUGAGUCCGGUAUCGCCGGCCGCCUCCAAUCCCAUAAUAAAUUGGUUCAACCACACGCGGAGCCCUAGCGUCAGCUCGAUCAUGUCCACGACCUCUUUCAGACCAUCCAGGGCUGAUCCCGCCUCCUCUGGACCACAGCAUUUGCAUUGCUGCAGGCCACAGAGGUACAGCCACACCAGCCAGAGCUCCACGGGAGGCCCCAACAGCCCGGGACCGCACAGUCCCGCUUCACCCGGGCCCCACUUGCCCCUAGCCGAGCCGAUCAGCCCCCGUCUUCCACCCACCCCGCCGCCGCCGCCGCCCCCUCUGCCCCCGAGGAGAAGAAGAGACAGUCCCGAGAUCAGCUCGCCGCAACAGAUGAAGCAAGCCCCCGACGCUCCGAUCCUACCGCCGCGGGACAGUUCUAUACCCCCCCGGGACUGCUCGCCCCCUCCCUUGCCGCCGAGGAGGGAACCGGGGGCCUCGCCCGGCUCCCACUCGCACUCUCACCAUUCCCUGCCCGGUAACUUCCCAUCGAUGGGUCACGGGACGCUGCCCCGGCUCAACCCCACCCACACGUCCCAGCUGCACAUGAGACGCCACGCGACGCUCCACCCGCACCCCCAACACAACGGGGCGGCAAGCGUCAGUAGCGCGACGCAACCUCCCAGCGUCUCCCCAAGAUUCGUAAACGACUCGGCCUCCGGCCAGAUCACUCCCCAGCUGCCGCCCAGGCCGGCGGUGAGGUCGGCCGGGUUGACGUACGGCACCAUGUUUCAGUAUCCCAACACCACGUCGACUUGAAUUUCGCAAAGGGAAGGAUCCAAACUUCAAUGUAUUACGCUUAUUAUCAGGUUUAUAGCUUGGCCGCUGUAGCUGGAACCGCGCGCUGCCGGACGUCCCGGGGAGAGCGUUUCGUUGAUAUUCGGUAAUAAAACUGAAAAGUCGAUACUCAAGUGAACGUGCGUAUAUCCCGCUUCUGAUUCGUUUUUUUUUUCUUUUUGUCUCCUGUCCUCCAGUAGACGUCGGAGUGGCGCGAGUUCCGGCUCCAAAGGUGACUACUAUAGUAAGAUCAGUACAAAUAGUAAUACCCACCCAUCUCAGUGUUGAAACUUGUGUAUUUUUGGUUCUCUUGUGUGCCGUUUUCCUGCGUUUACGGGAUUCAUAUUGAAAACCGAAAAAACCCGCCCUUUGAGUGUUCCAAAAUGAAACAAAUGCUUUUGGGAAAUAUUUCGGGGGGUUUUUCUCAUAAAAACGGGUUAUGUAAAUUAUGCAGUGUGACUAGUUAGGGCUGCGGAGCGGUUGGAUCUCGGACACCGUUCGUGCUGCGAUUUCACUGUAAAAAAUCUAUUAGCAAAUGUACCCAAAAAAAUUUUUGAACUUAAAAAUUAACCGUAUUAUAAAAAAUCUUCCUUUAUUUUCGACCCAUUUCCUUAAGAGGGCUCUACAGCAAAUAGCCAACAAGCAAUACAUUUUUUUUAGAUUUUAUUCCACAAUUUGUCUAAAUAUGAACUAAUGCACAAAUAAAAGACUUUCCCCCCUUUUAACGUAGAUUUUCUAUAAAAUGGAGUUAAUUUGAAACUCAUAUUACUUUUUGUUGUAGAGAAAUUUGUAAUUUGUACCUUAAAUUACAAACUUCUUUACACCAAAAAGUAAUUUGUGACUCUAACUAAGUUCAUUUUAUGGAAAAUCUGUGUGAAAAUGGGGGAAAGUCUGUUAUUUGUGCAUUGAUUCAUAUUUAGAUAAACUUUUUUAAACUUAAAAAUUAACCAUAUUAAAACAAUUUUCUUGAUUUUCGACCCAUUUUCUACAGCAAAUCAAAGUCAACAAGCAGUACAUUUUGUUACACAGUUUGUCUAAAUAUGAAUCGAUGCGCAAAUAACGGCCUUUCCUCCAUUCUAACGCAGAUUUUCUGUAA